CCAUCACUAGCGGCUAAUGCCAAUAAAAAAUAGCGGAAUUUCGUGGAGCCAAGAGAAAAUUGUGUAAAAUCUUUUAUUAACGCGGGAAAAAAUCAUUGUAAGGCCUCGAAAUGCCGCGAAUAAUGAUCAAGGGCGGUGUGUGGCGCAACACGGAGGAUGAGAUCCUCAAGGCGGCGGUGAUGAAAUAUGGCAAAAACCAAUGGAGUCGGAUUGCCUCCCUGCUGCACAGAAAGUCGGCCAAGCAAUGCAAGGCCAGGUGGUACGAGUGGCUGGAUCCCAGCAUCAAGAAGACCGAGUGGUCACGCGAGGAGGACGAGAAGCUGCUCCACCUGGCCAAACUGAUGCCCACGCAGUGGCGCACCAUUGCGCCGAUCAUUGGAAGAACUGCUGCCCAGUGCUUGGAGCGCUAUGAAUACUUGCUUGACCAAGCCCAGCGCAAGGAGGAUGGCGAGGACGGCACCAUGGACGAUCCGCGCAAGCUGAAGCCGGGCGAGAUCGACCCCAAUCCGGAGACCAAACCGGCCCGGCCCGAUCCCAAGGACAUGGACGAGGACGAGCUGGAGAUGCUGUCGGAGGCCCGAGCCCGCCUGGCCAACACGCAGGGCAAGAAGGCCAAGCGCAAGGCGCGCGAGAAGCAGCUGGAGGAGGCCCGUCGCCUGGCCACGCUCCAGAAGCGUCGGGAACUGCGUGCCGCCGGCAUUGGCAGCGGCAAUCGCAAGCGCAUCAAGGGCAUCGACUACAACGCCGAAAUUCCCUUCGAGAAGCGACCCGCCCUGGGAUUCUAUGACACGGCGGAGGAGCAUCUGCAAAAGAACGAGCCGGACUUUAACAAAAUGCGACAGCAGGAUCUGGACGGAGAGCUGCGUUCCGAGAAGGAGGAGCGGGAGCGAAAGCGCGACAAGCAGAAGCUGAAGCAGCGCAAGGAGAACGAGGUGCCCACCGCCAUGCUGCAGAACAUGGAGCCGGAGCGCAAGCGCUCCAAGCUGGUGCUGCCCACGCCGCAGAUCUCGGACAUGGAGCUGCAGCAAGUGGUGAAGCUGGGACGCGCCAGCGAGAUGGCCAAGGAGAUAGCCGGAGAAAGUGGCAUUGAGACCACGGAUGCCCUGCUGGCGGACUAUUCGAUUACGCCUCAGGUGGCGGCCACUCCGCGAACACCUGCCCCGUACACGGAUCGCAUCAUGCAGGAGGCCCAGAACAUGAUGGCCUUGACGCACACGGAAACGCCAUUGAAAGGUGGCCUAAAUACCCCUCUCCACGAGUCUGAUUUCUCUGGUGUGCUGCCCAAGGCGGCAUCCAUUGCCACGCCAAACACAGUGAUUGCCACGCCGUUCAGAACUCAGCGCGAUUCUGCAGGGGGAGCCACUCCGGGAGGAUUCCUCACCCCUUCUUCGGGCGCUUUGGUUCCGGUUAAGGGGGCUGGAGGCGCUGGCGGAGUCAUCAACACUCCCGCCUACGUGAGGGACAAGCUGAGCAUCAAUCCCGAAGAGAGCAUGGGCGUCACCGAGACCCCGGCCUUGUAUAAAAACUACCAGAAGCAACUAAAGUCCACGCUGCGGGAGGGACUCUCCACGCUGCCCGCUCCGCGAAACGACUACGAGAUCGUGGUGCCCGAGCAGGAGGACAGCGAGCCCAUGGAGGCCAACUCGGAGCCCGCUGUGGAGGAUCAGGCGGACGUGGAUGCCCGUUUGCUUGCCGAGCAGGAGGCUCGCCGGAAGCGGGAACUGGAGAAGCGCUCGCAGGUUAUCCAGCGCAGCCUGCCUCGGCCGACGGAGGUGAACACCAAGAUCCUGCGACCACAGUCCGAGAAACAGAACCUCACAGAGCAGCAGCAGGCAGAGGAGUUGAUCAAGCACGAGAUGAUCACCAUGCAGUUGUACGACUCUGUCAAGGAUCCCGUGCCCGGGCAAUCGCAGCACAAGCUGGAGCAGCUGCAGAGCUACUUCAAGGCCAAUCCCUACGAGGACAUCUCGCAGCAGGAACUGGCCAAGGCCAGGCAGAUGCUCACCGAGGAAAUGGAGGUGGUGAAGGAGCGCAUGUCGCACGGCGAACUGCCCCUGGAUGUCUACGCUCAAGUGUGGCAGGAGUGCCUCGGCCAGGUGCUCUACCUGCCGUCCCAACACCGCUACACUCGCGCCAAUCUGGCCAGCAAGAAGGAUCGCCUGGAGUCCGCGGAGAAGCGGCUGGAGACAAACCGCCGCCACAUGGCCAAGGAGGCCAAGCGGUGCGGCAAGAUUGAGAAAAAGCUGAAGAUCCUCACCGGUGGCUACCAGGCGCGCGCCCAGGUGCUGAUCAAACAGCUGCAGGACACGUUCGGCCAGAUCGAGCAGAACUCGGUGUCGCUGUCCACAUUCCGCUUCCUGGGCGAGCAGGAGGCCAUCGCAGUGCCGCGUCGCCUGGAGUCGCUGCAGGAGGAUGUGCGUCGGCAGAUGGACCGUGAGAAGGAGCUGCAGCAAAAGUACGCCGGAUUAGUGGAGGAGCGCGAAUCGCUCUACUCCCAGAUUGAGCAAAUAACGGGAGUGAGGCCCACAGCGCAGCAACUGCUGCCCGAACAGGAAGCCUAAGCCCAAGUCAGCUCUAAUUUAGUUUUAAUUUAACCAAGCAGAACACCCAAAUAUGUCGUCCAGUUCCCUCUCUAAUGACCGUACUUCUGGAAGACCCACUCCUUGUUGUCCAGCGGACAGACGAGGCGCGACUUCAGCCAGCGGGCAAUGCAGUGGUAGUGGAAGGCAUGGUUGCAUUCGCCCCAGGCCACGGUGCACUCGUCCUGGUUCGCAUUCGGAUCCGCCUGGCACUCGAUGCACAGGUUCAUGAUGUGGUUGCGGCAGAUGGCGCAGUUGUCCACGGCCACGUCCCACGACCACAAGGCGUGCGCCACCCACUUCUUCACCACGAAGCGCUCCUCUUUUAACUGGCCACCGCAACCGCCUCCUCCUCCUCCACCUCCUAAUCCACUGCAAGAUGCCUCGUCGUCGUUGAAAUCCAGAUCGUGAAAGUCCUCUGUCUCCUCAACCUCCAUUUUAUCGGUCAUUGUCUGUCACUUAAUUUCAAUAAUUUUUGCUCUUUUCCUCAAAAUAAGUUUAUCCCUUUGAAAUCGAAUUUGAUGUGAGCUAUUUUACACCCCAAAUAUCACCUAACUUGACGUUGUUUCAAAACUGAUGAUUGAUUGACCGGGGAAGUGGUGUGCUUAAAACCCAAUACUUUAAAACACUUAGUUUAUACAAAAAAUGUUAAUAAAAAUAAAAUAAAUACAUGAAAAGCCA